GAGGGCAAGGCCGCCCAUAGCAAGGCCUCCAUUUUCUACGGAGCAGACGAGUAUCUUGAGGAGCUGAAGAAGAGAUAUGCGCACGACCACGAAAUAGCUGCCCUGAAGAACGCUCUGCCGGGCGAGGGGGACCCCAACGCAGCAGGCGUUGCCCAGAGCAACGACAAGAUGCUCUCCGUUCAAAAGAACAACGAGAACAGGAGCCUGAAGACCAACCGGCUCUUCCCCACCCCGAACAAGCCAGACCCUAUGCCGCAGAAUCUGGCAUUCCUCUUCACGAAGAUCACGCCG